GAAAGUGGGCUGUCGUGUAUAGCCGCGUAUAGCAAAAACAGCUAAGAACAAAAAACCCUCGUGUUAAGCACUUCAUUAUAAUUAUUCCAACCAUUUGAAAGGGGCUUCGCGGUAGCAAGAAGAUGAAUGGGACACUGGACCACCCAGACCAGCCCGACAUUGAUGCCAUGAAGAUGUUUGUGGGUCAGAUCCCCCGCUCGUGGUCAGAGGAACAGCUGCGGGAGCUCUUCGAACCAUAUGGUGCCGUCUACGAAAUCAACAUCCUUCGAGACAGAAGUCAGAACCCCCCACAGAGCAAAGGUUGUUGUUUCAUCACAUAUUACACACGGAAAUCAGCCUUAGAAGCACAAAAUGCCCUUCACAACAUGAAAAUUCUUCCAGGGAUGCAUCAUCCCGUUCAGAUGAAGCCAGCAGACAGUGAGAAGAACAACUCGGUAGAAGACAGAAAACUGUUUAUCGGAAUGAUCUCAAAGAAGUGCAACGAGAAUGACAUUCGGCUAAUGUUUUCCCCAUACGGUCAGAUUGAAGAGUGCCGCAUUCUUCGAGGACCUGAUGGACUUAGCCGGGGUUGUGCCUUUGUCACAUUCACAGCCAGACAGAUGGCUCAGUCAGCUAUUAAAUCCAUGCACCAGUCACAAACUAUGGAGGGCUGCUCGUCCCCUAUCGUGGCGAAGUUUGCAGACACGCAGAAGGACAAGGAACAGAAGCGCAUGACCCAACAGCUGCAACAGCAGAUGCAGCAAAUCAACGCUGCCUCCAUGUGGGGAAACUUAACCGGUCUCAACUCACUAGGCCCACAGUACCUUGCACUUUAUUUACAGCUCCUGCAGCAAUCGGCAUCUUCUGGGAAUGCACUCAACAAUCUUCACCCCAUGUCAGGUCUGAAUGCCAUGCAGAAUCUGGCUGCAUUGGCAGCAGCAGCGAGUGCCACUCAGUCAACACCGAGUGGCAGCAAUGCGCUGACCACAUCCAGCUCGCCGCUCAGCGUACUUACUAGCUCAGGUACGGCCUCCGGACAUCAGAUUCACUCUGCCUGGGACGGCUGCAAGGGCUCUUCUCCAACCUCGAGUACUAAUUCCUCAGUCAAUCCCAUGGCUUCUUUGGGAGCACUGCAGUCUCUGGCGGCAGGUGCUGGUGCAGGCCUCAAUAUGAGCUCACUAGCAGGAAUGGCUGCGCUAAAUGGUGGCUUGGGUAGUGGUCUGUCUAACGGCUCAGGCAGCACUAUGGAGGCCCUGACGCAGGCUGCCUACUCAGGGAUCCAGCAGUACGCAGCCGCUGCCCUGCCCAGCCUCUAUAACCAGAGCUUGCUUUCCCAGCAGAGCAUAAGUGCUGCUGGCAGCCAGAAGGAAGGCCCAGAGGGUGCCAAUCUGUUCAUCUAUCACCUGCCACAGGAGUUUGGUGACCAGGACCUGCUUCAGAUGUUUAUGCCUUUUGGCAAUGUCAUUUCAGCCAAGGUGUUUAUAGACAAACAGACGAACCUCAGCAAAUGUUUUGGCUUUGUAAGUUACGACAAUCCCGUUUCAUCCCAGGCGGCCAUUCAGUCAAUGAACGGUUUCCAGAUCGGAAUGAAACGACUGAAGGUUCAACUGAAGAGAUCCAAAAACGACAGCAAGCCAUACUGAGUGCUUUUACUCUGAAAUGGACUUGGUUUGAAAAUGUUUCUCCGAUAUCUCCGUGCCCGUUUGUUCAUCGUUUCCCUAGCAUGUCGAUGUGACGUCAAAAGUUCAUCGUCCAGUCCGUUGUCCUCUUCGCUUCUCUGAUGCUUGAAUUAUUUUUUUUAUUUUAUUAUUUUUUUUCCACCCUUGACCUUUUAUGUUAACUUUUGACGUUGACGCUUUGUGGUUACUUGUUUCGUUUGUUUCGUGUGGUGUUCAUUUCUGUUCGUGCUGCCUGUAGGGGGCUCUAGAAAGACUGCUGUUUAUUAGCAAAAUUGUAAAAAGUUUCCUAAAUAUCGUUCUGAAUAAAUGAAAGAGUCUAUUUUUCUAGAACUUAACAAACAUAACCACUAGUUUGUGCGCAAGCUUUUAAUUUUCAUGGUUUCAUUAAAGACCCUUGUCGUGUGUCCUGUUUUUUGCUUGGCGGAUUUUUAUUUUGUCCUCAUUUUAGAGCAGUCUUUCUAGCGCGCUCAGUUUUACUCGUUUUGUUUCCUUCUAAAGCAGCCAAUCAAUUUAUAAAAUCACUUUUGAGUGUUGUGUGGGUGUUUUUCCUCUCUCUCUAUCUAUCUCUCACGUGUUCUUUGUCUUUUUACGACGUUCUCCGGUCACAUUUUGCUGAAACCGAGGAUAACCUGAUAUAACGUAACGUUAUUAUAUACUGGGUUAUUCGGCAUGAUUUGUGAUGGUAUAAUUUUGGGAGUUUCCUUAACAGAGUGACAUUACAAUAGACACUUGAAUUGCAUUUCUUUCGUGUGUUUCAUUUUGUGUGUCAGGUUGCCACAGGCACAUGUUUUUUUUAUUUUUUAUUUUCUUGUGUGAGAAUCAGAAUUAGUCUGAAAUUAAAGAAAAAAAAUACGCAUAAAAUGAGCAGAAUUAAGUUUGUCACAGUAUAUACCUAUAUAUAAAUAUAUACAUGAAAGUUUGCAUGUUUUUGUAACUGCACUGACAUCCUCAGCAAAAUGUGAUUUAGUUCUGUUAAACGUACAAAUUUCAAAUGAAUAAAAUGGUGCCAAAAGUUUUGCAUGUCGCUGUUGGUCACAUUUUAUGUAUUUCUCAUGUAUGUUCUCACUUCCUCACAGACGUUUAGUCAAAACCAUGUUAACUUUAAAUGAAAGUGAAUUCUGAAUUAAUGUAAUGCGUAAUAGACGUGAAUCCACUCAGUCUUAGGACCGGCGCCUGUGAAUGCACUUUAGCAGUUCAGGUCCAGGAUUGUCCUAUUACUUUUACCCCCGCACAAGCUGUUGGGUGUUAAGUGUGUGUGUGUGUGUGUGUGUGUUUGCGCCAUCUGAAGAGUAAAACCCACCUGCUUCACACAACUGUCCUAAAACUUGGGUUCCAAAUUGCCCCCCCUUAGGCCAAUUUUAGUAGCUUUGAUUUUAACGCAGGCCGCUAGUGAAAUGGUCGACAUUUAAUUGGGGUUAAAGGUUGCAAUCUGUGGCAUUUUAUAUCUCGAUUUUAAGCUGCUGUUUCUUAAAUGUAAACUUACCUGUGGGAUGUUUGUCAUCAUUGGUACAGCGUGAUUGUAUUUAAUAGUAAGAAACAAUUGUACAGUUUCUGCCUUUUCUACUUCCAAGUUCUGUUUCACAAUGUGAAAUUAAAUAAUCCUGACAUGUGGAGCCAUGUAGAACCUGCCACCAUGACCAAACGUGUGUACAAAUUCAGUAAUUCUAUAACAGCCUUCAGUUAAAAUAAUAAUAAUAAUAAUAAUGAUAAAAAACAUCUUUGUUUUACCUUGUCAUGUAAGUUAUGGUUUUCACUGGAAUUGUAGAAUGAGGAGUUCAUUAGAUGUCUAGAUGAGUGGCUUUUUUAAUGUUUUCUGUUGAGGUUUAUUUAAAUUGUGAUGGUGGUUAAGCUUUUUAUGCUACUGUCUCCACAGAAGUAUAGCAACUUGCAUACAAUAAGAAGUCAUUUUGUAGUUUAUUGGUUUGUUUGUCUGAUUAAACUGAAAAGAUUUACACAA